GGUAACAGCUAGCCAUCCUAUAUUUGAGCUAAAAAGCUCGAGGAUUCUUCAAAGCAUAAAGUGACGGUCGGAGGUCUGCAAUUACGGGAAAGGUUUGCAAAUGGCCCGACAUGAACCCGCGAUUUCCGGCGUCUCAUGUCGCACUCGUUCCUUUAUAUCGAGCCAGCCUGCCCGGCUUUCUCCAUCGCGUGAGACACGAGUCAAACCAAUUGGAACUGUACUUUGACCGCGCGUGUCCGCAAAGCUCGAGGAUUCGCGUUCUCUCCGCCCCAUCCGGCUUUCGUUUAUUCUUUUCCCACUAUUCAAUGCCGUUUUGAUUUGCUGCUGCCUUUUUGCCCGCUCCACAGAAAAGCAAAGGGGUGAAAUCACUUUCUGUUCACACUCUGCCCUCCGCAGCUGGAAACCCUAAAUUGAAGGAAAAGUGAUGGGCGAAGAAAAGGGGUCGUCUCUAGUUCAUUUGCUGGUCAUUGUUUUGAGCUUGACCGCCUUUGGAUUAUCAAUCGCCGCCGUUCACCGCGGUAGCGCUGGUACAGUGGUACACUACAUCGCGAUACCUCUUCCAAUAGUACAUACUGUGUUUACAGUUCAAAUGUUGCCACUGGAUAUGGUGUGGGCGCUUUCCUCUUUCUUUUUACAAGUGAGUCAUUGGUUAUGGGUGUGACCAAGUUCAUGUGUUUCGGAAGGCCUCUAUUCCCUGGCUCAAAUCGUGCUUGGACAAUUAUUUAUUUUUGUCUUUCAUGGAUGAGCUUUCUGAUCACAGAAACAUUACUUAUUGUUGGUUCUAAGAAAAGCGGUUUUCACACUAAGCAUCAAAGAAUGGUACAUGCGAGAAACAUUUCUUGUGAAACACUUCGCAAAGGUGUAUUUGUCUUUGGAGCCAUCUGGGUGAUCCUGACCAUGAUUCUUAACGUCUAUUACUACAUGUACUUCUCCAGGGCUACUACUCCUCAACCAGCCCCAUCUAAUCCAAAUUUAGCCAUGCCUGAGCGGAGAAAGUGAGACCAUAAGCUUGCUGGUCUAACGCACCACCAUUACAGUGAGACAAUAGAACUGAAUAGUUUUGACUUUUUGGUCUUGUUUGUUGAUGAUGAUAUGUGGUAGUAUAUCUAUUUUGCCGAAAAAUCUUGUAAGUUCUAGUACCGUAUGGAAUCACUCACAUUGAUGCUUUAUGUAACAUAUUUUGUGUGUAUAUUUGGCACAAUUUUUACGAGUUCUUACAAAAUAAUUGAUUUUUUUUGAACAGUUA